AUAUCAAGUUUCGAUUUAGUCUUAAAAUAUUAAGGAAGUAAAUUGACAUUUUCGUAAAUGUAAUGUAAGCACAGAUAUAAUGUGUCUAAUUUAGUUUGAGAAAAAUAUUCGUAUGUGCACGUUAGCUGGUUAAAUUUACGAGACUACUUGUAAUAAGUAGAAUCUAUGUUAACCUAUUUGAUAUUGAUAAACCGAGAUUAUUAAAGACCGUUCAAUCCAAACACAUGCGCUGUCAAAAAUCAACUUUCGAAAUAGACAGUCAAGGAAGUAAAUUAACCUAGACAAGAUUGUAAAAUGGCGUCUUUGAAGUGGAAACAAAAAUCUCGACGUCCAAGAUUUGCUGAUUAUAGGCCAAGAAAAACGCGUUUAGUAGUUGCAGCUAUUGACUUCGGUACAACAUAUUCCGGCUAUGCGUAUUCCUUCCUGGAUGAAUACAAGAAAGACCCAUUUAAGAUAUACGCGAACGCUGAUUGGUCAGAUGGAUCGGGAAUGGUGACGCCAAAAGCACCGACUGUUGUGCUGUUUGACAAAGCAAGGCGGUUUCAUUCCUUUGGAUACGAUGCCGAGACAAAGUAUAACCAUCUCGCGAAUGAAGAUGAACACGAAGGCUGGCGGUAUUUCAGAAGAUUUAAAAUGACAUUGUUUCAAAACAAUCGUCUCAGUCGCCGUACGCAAAUUGAUGACGAGCAAGGCCAGAAAAUGUUAGCGUUAGACGUAUUUGCAGCCGCUAUACAGUUCUUGAAGGAUCAUUUGCUAGCACGCCUGAGAGAUAGGAGCACCGAUUUGCGUCCAACCGAUAUUGACUGGGUGCUGACAGUACCUGCCAUUUGGGAAGACGCAGCAAAACAGUUCAUGUCAAUUGCAGCAGUUCAGGCAGGUAUACCGGACGACCAGCUCACUCUUGCCUAUGAACCGGAGGCUGCUGCUGUCUAUUGCAAAGAAAUUAAAGUUGCUCUAUCAACGGAAAGAGGUCAAACUUCUGAACUUAAAUCUUUUGGGGCGGGAUCCAAAUUCAUGGUUAUCGAUCUUGGAGGAGGUACAGCCGAUAUAACCGUACAUGAAGUUCAACAUGACGGGAAGCUGGCCGCUCUUGCUGCGCCAUCGGGUGGUCCUUGGGGUGGAACCUUAGUGGACAGGCAGUUGAACAAGUUCCUCAUUGGCUUAUUGGGUAAAGACGUCAUUGACAAAUUCUCGGAAGAAUGCAAACCUGACAAAUUAGACAUGGACAGAAUGGUUGAAGUAAAAAAACGACAGAUAAAUUCAUCAAGCGACAAAGUUCAUAUCAAACUACCAAAUGAACUAUUUGACUUGUAUAAGGAGUUGAAGAAGAAAGAGUUCGAUAAAUCACUGUUGAGUAGUAAUUUUAGUCAAACAGUUUCCAAGAAACGGGACAGGCUACACGUUGCUAAUACAGUUUUCUUGGACAUGUUCAAAGAGUCAAAAGAAAGUGUCAUAAAUCACGUGGAGGCACAACUGAGGCACACUGAUCUGAGAAAUGUGAAAACGAUAAUGAUGGUUGGUGGAUUUUCUGAAUCGCAAGUCAUGAAAGAAGCAAUAAAAGAAAGGUUUGAAGACAAAGGGUAUGAAGUUAUCGUCCCGGAACAAGCAGGAUUGGCUGUGGUAAAAGGUGCCGUGAUGUAUGGUCACAAUCCUGAUUCAAUCUGUUCCAGAAAGAUGCAGUGUACUUACGGCAUCAGUACUGCUGUGCUGUUUGAUGACCGCAAACACUCCAGAGUACAUCAAUCUGGGCGAGCAGAUGGGACCGAAAUGUGUGAAGAUAUUUUCAAAACGUUUAUUGUGAAAGGGGACACAGUUGUUCCAGGGAAAACAUCCGCCGAACACACUUUCAACUCACCAUCUGCAGGCAACACGCGCGUAACAGUUGAAGUAUACAAAUCGGUGGAAGAUACUCCUCCAAUGUAUUCGUCCGACUGCAUAAGAGUAGGUGAACUAGCGUUACACACAAGGUCCUGCCAGAUGGAUCAAAAAGCUCUGAUAAAAGUGAAAAUGAUGUUUGGAGGAACGAAGGUGACGGUGGAGGCGCAAGAGCAGGGCACAAUGCAAAUAAACAAAGUUCAAGCUGAGUUUGACUGGUUAAAGAAAUAAGUUUUGGAACGUACUUACAUAAAACUGUUUUAGAAUCUUUUGCAACUGUGAUACUGUGAGGCAUUUUUUUAUAACUGACGCUACAUUUGUUAAUUAUACGAGUAUAUAUAUGUACACGCUUUGGUGCUUGCAGUGAAAAUGAUUAUUAUCGCUUAUGAUCAAGAUUUGUCAAUAUACUUAAGUGAGUGAUGAGCAAGUGAAGAUCUAUCAGUACAUUUUGCGAGGAAUGCGAAAACGGUCCAAAGCUUACAAAACCAUUUUCGGCCUAAACGAAUAACAUUGUUUAUGGCCUGUUUAAGCCCUCCGUAUACUCGGGUUCAAGUGAACGCUUGUUUCACCGACCGUUUGAAGGCGGUUACUCCAUCAUUUAUCAGUAAAGCAAAUUGAUGAAUGUGUGGUCAUUUUGUGGUAUUUGUAUUUGUGUACGCGGUGUAAAUAUGGUUGUGUCUCUAGUUCAUUGGUAUUUGGAUCAUUUUCUUGUGCCCCUAAACAAGGUAUAUUUUGAAUUUUCCUCCAUGUUGUUUUCAUCAUUUACUUGUAUUCUUUAGCACUGAUUAGUUGAAACUGUUAAGGCUUUCAUGGUACAAUAUUUACACACCAACUUCCAUUCCUUAAAUGAACUGCCUUUUGGCAAUUGCGUCUAUCAAUCGACGAACGCAACAUCAUCGGACAUGUUCGGAUCGCAAUUCAUCGCAUAACAAUAUACAUGAAAACUAUUGAUCUUGCUAUUAUUUGUAUUGUGUCAGCAGGUCCCGUAUAAUAUAAAUCAACAUUUUAGAAAGUGUUAAUUUAUCAUAUUUUAAUGUAUUGUUGCCAUAAAUGUUUCAAUUUUACGUUUAAAAGUGAUUUCAAGUGGUUAAUCUUUUCCCGCGUUAUUGUGACGUCAUUUGAAAAAAAUGUUUCCGGUUACAAUUGGGUCGUUCUAUUAACAGAAUGGGUAAGAACGGAUAACUGAAAGGUUUUCUUAAAUGAAAAUAAGUAUUUUUUGUAACAAUUCUUGAAUGAAAUAAUGAACUAUUGGUGUAAAUAUAAGGAAUGAAUUGCUAGGUUGAUGUCAUUAUCGGGGAUAUGAAAGCAAUUGGGCUGUUCAAAGUACGCGUAGAGUCCUUCGGACCCCACACACUUUGACCAGCCCAAUUGCGUUCAUAACCCGAUCAUGACAUCAACCCCGCAAUUCAUUCCUUAAAUGCUCAAGCCUUUACAUUUGAGUAUUUUAGAAGCCUUAACUGCAUUUCCUUUCAAAAUUAAAUUUUCGUGCUACUGUUUGGAGCAUUAAUAUCUUAAGGGUAUUUGUUAACGUUUUACAUGGACAUACAUCGAUCGUUUUUCGUAUGAAAUUUGAACAAAAUGCUUAUUACAAUGAUAAUAAAUAAACACAAUUUAUAAUUAUAGAUAUUAGAGCUGUCUUGUUAACAUUCGACGAAAAUGCAACAUGAAAUAAAUCGUUAGUAAGGCUAUUGAAAAUUGUAUGAUGAUAGGCUUAGCAUUAUAAUGUUCCGUCUGUUAGUUGCUGAUCGGUUUUUGUAACUCAGUGAGUAGUGAUUUUAUUUCAAAUGUAAAAGUAUAAUAAACAUAAUGGCUUAUCACGCAGACGACAAACUGCAAGUAUUUACUUGCAUGUAUAAGAAGAGAUAAAUAUUCUCUAUUAUUAACGAUUUUAAUGGCUUAUUAGUCCACUGUAUAUCACUAUUAAAUAUGAAAGUUAUUUUGUAAAACAUAUUGCUUUGAUUUAAUAUAAUAGUACAUUUUGAAUCAACUUGUAUGUUAUUGUUUGUCCAAUCGUCAAAGGUUAUAUUCAUACCUUUAUGCAAUCAUACUAGAUGAAGCAUUCUUGCAUACCAGACGUGUGUUUCCGGUCAUGUGACCGGUGCUGGAAAAACUCGUCUUACACCCCAAUGUAAGAUGAGUCACGCGCAACAACGCCCCACUUCUUAUUUCUUUUAUUGUAUGGUUUAUGAAAAGUAUAUUAUGCAAUUUCAAUAAAGCGCAAUCAAAAAUAUAAGUAUGCAAUACUUUUAAUUAAAAUUGAAAAUAAAUAAUCGUAAAAGCGCGAUUUUUAGAGGAACUAAUUGACGUCAAUAGUGAUUUAAAAUUACUGCGCUUCAUGGCGUCAGUACACAACGUCGCACGCGCUUUUUGGUGCAAUGUACAAAAGUGCGUUUUCUACGUCAAUGUUUCCACAAAUUCAUAAUUUUAGGUAUGCAAGAAAAAAUAUCAAUCAUGUUUUUCCGGUCCGGAUCGAAAAAUCCGAUCCUCGGGCACGCUGCGUGACCGGUAACUCGGCAAGCCUCGUUACCGGCUUACGCGCGUGCCCUCGGGUCGAAUUUUUUUAUCCGUACCGGAAACACAUGAUAGAUACUUAAUGUAUAAUAUACGCAAUUUUACCAUUUUAACCCACUUCCGUCAGAGGAACAUCCGCAAAACGAUGUAGUCUCUCAUUUGCAUUCCACCACCACACGGUCACCUAGGAUUAUGCGUUCACUGGUUAUGUGAUUAUGUCAUUUGUUUUCUCAAGUAUACAUGUUAAUUAUACAUAUGAAGGAUCUUUCACAUGUGACAUGCAAUACACAAAUGUAUUCAACAAGUUCAGGAAUGAUGCUAUUUAGAGAGCCUUUAAUUGUCGUUGCAUCUACCUCAAACAUAUUUUUUAUUAGAAAGUCCUCGGUUCUAAAACAGUUCCAAAAACAUAAAUUGUUUUGAAUCAAUACUCAUUGCGCAAAAAUCACAAAAGUUUCAUACACUUAUAUUGAAUGGAAAUAGUUAACUUUAAUCAGGCAGUUAGGCAAUUGUACUAAAAUGUAGAUUUCAAUGUUUCUUAGUUUGGUUUCAAUGCAAAGCUUAAAUGCUUGAGUGUAAAUGAUUGUCCGGUUAAGUUAACGUGUAGCAAAUUAAUUUUACCAUAUUUCUUCUCUUGUGAAUUGCUCUCGUUUUUAGUUGAACAUGAUAUUUUGAUAUACUACCUUGCAAAGUGGUUUUAAAUCGCAUCCGUUUGGGGGUCUUUAAAUACGAGAAACACAAACCUCUUAUUUUCUUUAAAAUGAAAAAUGGUUAUACACCAGAUUAUUUGUCGGUUUUGGUUCCACAGACAUUAGGACAGAAAUUCAUCCAACAUAUCUGGUUUCCAAACCCGCACAUCUUUGUACACGAAUUCCUUCGUUCCUUCUACAAUACCUGCAUGGAAUUGUCUGAAGUUGAGGCAAAUACUGUUAACAAUAUUGCUGGUUUUAUGUCAUACAUCUGUUCGGACAAGCAAAUAAACACAUAGAUUGUUCUGUUAUGAGAAAUGUAGGCUAGAGGUCCUGCACAUUCGCCUACGCAACGAUUGAAGUUCCCUGGAUCAUCACUUCUCGUUAAGAAUAGUAUUCCCUCAUUGUUUUAUAGGUGUCUAAGACAGGAUACUACAAACCACUUUCGCUUCAUUUGUACCCUCUUUAAUGAACAGAGGCAACUUAUGCUCACCACUGUUUAAUCUCUGAUUGAGGUAACCCUCUGUUCUUUAUUAUAUGGUGUUGACAACCUGACUGGGGAGCAAAAAAGUUCUUUGUUUGAAGCAGUUCAUCGUUUUAUAUUCAUGUCAUGUGAUAUACUACACCCACCCACCCUCACACAUCUUUAACCGUUCCUCUCUUCCUAUUUCUUCUUAGUUUUUAUCUCAUAAUAUAAUGUAUUCUUCUUCCAUACGUUUAAUCCAUUCCAAAAGAAUAAUUUAUUCUUUAAUAUAGGCAAUUGCAUUUGAAGUCUCACAUUCAAUCAUCUGUUUUUAUAACAUAAUUCAAUAUGAGCUUGUAUGAUAAUAACUUCAUUAGUAGUAACUACCCCAAAUGCUAAUUGUAAUUAUAACUAUAAGUUUAUUUCUACGGUUCUAAUCCUAAAAUUUUAAUUACGCAUUUAUAUUGAAAUGUUGUUUAUUUUUUCUCAAUAGAAUAUGU